CUGCCGUACCUACCCCUCCUCGUCGAUUGACUACUGUGCACAUUACUUUUCCCACCCAGUCUUGCACCACCAGGACUCGGCCAAGGUCACUUUAGUGUCUUCAUUCGUUCCCAACUCGCAUUCUUUGACCCUCCUUAGCUGUAGCAAGCCAGCCAGCCCGGCUCCCACAUUCAGUAUGGCGACCGAAGAGAAGGUGACCGACUACACCCUUAACAACCCCGAUACCCUCACCAAGUACAAGACUGCCGCGCAGAUCUCGGAGAAGGUCUUGAAGGAUGUUGUCGCUCUCUGUGUUCCCGGCGCCAAGAUCGUAGACAUCUGCGAGAAGGGAGACCAGCUCAUCGAGGAGGAGGUCGGCAAGGUCUACCGAGGAAAGAAGAUCACCAAGGGAUUUUCCCACCCCACGACCAUCUCGCCGAGCUCCUACGUAACACCCUACACCCCGCUCAAGACGGACGAGGCCGAGGCCGCCACGGAGCUGCAGGCGGGAGAGCCCGUCAAGAUCCAGCUUGGUGCACAGAUUGACGGCUUUGGAUCCAUUCUCUGCGACACCAUCAUCGUUGGCGCCGAGGAUGUCGUUUCUGGUCGCACGGCCGACCUGAUGUUGGCGAACCACUACGCCAACGAACUUCUUCUACGCCUUAUGGUUCCCCCCGGACUUCUGGCCCAAGGAACUGACGAGGAGAAGGCCAAGGCGGCUGCCGUCAAGGCCCCCACGCAGUCCAAGAUCACGUCCCUCUUGGAUAAGGUAGCAAAGUCCUACGAUGUCAGCCUCGUCGAGAGCACCACGUCAUGGCUUUUCGACCGCAACGAGAUCGAGGGCAAGAAGAAGAUCGUCAUCGCCCCCGGCGAGGGCGCCAAGGGCGAGGGUGUCCCCGAGACGGGCGAGGUCUGGGGUGUCGAGAUGGGCAUGAGCCUGGGUAGCGGAAAAGUCAAGCAGCUAGACCAGAGGGCCACGCUGCACCGCCGCACCACCACAACCUUUGGCCUAAAACGCCCGACAUCGCGCAAGAUCCUGUCCGAGGUGCAGAAGAAGUUCGGCACAUUCCCCUUCAGUUUAAGGCAGCUUGAGGACGAGAGGGACGCCAAGUCGGGAGUCGUCGAGUGUGUACGCGGCAACGUCUUCCGCCAGUACGAGCUCGUGGGCGACAAGGAUGGUGCUCAGGUUGCCAGGCUGCUGACGACCCUUGCAAUCACCAAGAACGGCAUCACCAAGCUUGGUGCCCCUCCGACCUUGGACGUGAGCAAGUUCCAGUCAGAGAAGAAGAUUGAGGAUGAGGAGAUCCUGAAGCUCCUGGAGCAGCCAAUUGCUCGGAACACGGGCAACAAGAAGAAGAAGCCCAAGAAGAAGGCGACCAAGAAGACGGCGGCCAAGUCGGAAGAAGAUGAUGAGGGCGAGGAUGAGGAGUGAGCGACGCAGCAGGCACCGCGCCCGUUGCACCCCACUUGUUUACCAUUCAAGGGUCUCCCAACGGGCGCUAUCGAGCAGCCUGGACAGGCAAAGUCUUGACGGCGGAUAAGGAGAGAACGAUGGGGAAAGGCGACACUGACGAGCCACAAAGGGGAACAAUAAGAAAGUAGGAAAGGAAACAAAAAAAAUCCCCAUGGAGAUAAGCAUCGUUUUCCCAGAAGAUUAUUGUUGGUGGGAAACUUGACUCCAUAAUCACGAUCAGAUCUUCACCGACAAUAAAACGCCGCAGUGCAGCGUUAGCCCAAGGGCCGACGCAGAAGACGUGACAGUAUCUCCCCCACUCUCCACCUUGGCGUCCGGC